GAGUUUCCCCCUCCCUUUCCCUUUAAUUAACUUCUAUUGUACAGAGGAAGGGUUGAAAGCUCACAACUGAUACAGUAAUACUCCUGGGAAAGAACAUUAAAAUGGAUAAAGGGAUUUGGUAGUCAUAUAAAUACCUGCACAUGUCGGUCGUGUGGUUUUAUGCCUCCUCAUGUGUAUAUGCAACUGGGAAACAGUUGGGACCAGAAAAAAAAAACAUUUGCCUUCUGCCAUUUACAAAACAGCCCAAUUUCACCUGAGAAUCCACUGAGGGUUUUCAGUUUUGAACUUCCAUCCUUCAAGAAUGAGUUGUCAAGCAUUUGCUGCUGCUGACUCUUUUGUACCACUGGGUUCAGACUCAUCCGCACUGCCUUUGAUCAUGCACCAUGCUAGCGCUACAUCCGAAUGUCUGCCAGCCACGAAUCAUGGCAGCAACGUGGUCUCUCCAGUCUCGUCUGUUUUGUCUUUGAUCCAUCCACCAAAAUGCUCUUAUAUGCACAUCUCGGCAUCCACUGUGGGCAAUGCAUCAGCAGGACUUCACUACUCAGUGCCUUCUUGUCACUAUGGAAACCAGCAGACAACCUAUGGAAUGAUGGCAGGUCUUAAGCCCACAACACAUGAAAUGCUAUCUGCAAGUAUAUCACAGACAAGAUUACUGCAGACAUGCAGCAUGCCUCAUGCCAGCCUAGUCAACAGUGUGAGUUCCAUUCAAGGCGGCCUCACUCCGUGCCUUUAUAAAUUCCCCGAUCAUAGUCUAAGCACAAGUUCUUGUGCCCUGGGACAUAGCUUCAGUUCCAUUCACCAGUCCAUCCUUGCAGAUGACCCCACUAUUAUCGACUUCAAGCAGGAUUUGAGGAAAAAAAGCAAGUCCAUUGAAGAACCAAUUGAAAUGGACUCCCCUGAAAUAAGGGAACUUGAAAAAUUUGCCAAUGAUUUCAAGUUAAGGAGAAUUAAACUAGGUUAUACACAAACUAAUGUUGGAGAAGCACUUGCUGCUGUCCACGGUUCUGAAUUCAGUCAGACGACCAUUUGUCGCUUUGAAAACUUACAGCUUAGUUUUAAAAAUGCCUGUAAACUGAAAUCAAUACUUGCAAAGUGGCUAGAGGAAGCUGAACAAAUUGGAGCAUUGUAUAGUGAGAAGAUUGGUGUUAAUGAGCGGAAAAGGAAACGCAGGACAACUAUAAGUCUGGCUGCCAAAGAAUCUCUGGAGAGACAUUUUGGAGAACAGAGUAAGCCUUCUUCCCAGGAGAUCAUGAGGAUAGCAGAAGGGCUAAACCUCGAAAAGGAGGUGGUGCGAGUCUGGUUUUGCAACCGAAGGCAGAGAGAAAAAAGAGUCAAGACGAGCCUGCAUCAAAGCACCUUUCACUCCAUUGUUAAAGAACAUCUGGACUGCAGAUAAAUGUCUUCUUCUUCCUUUUAAAGAGCAAGUAUUUCAGAUCAACGCAUUUUCUAAGGGAAGAAGAAAAUAUAUUAACAACUGUUUGAUGACAUUUUGUCUCCAAUGACCAGAAAUGAAUAUUUCUUGGCCACUUUUUUUUCUUGUGUUGAAGUUAGACAGUGCAGGCAUUCUGUUGGUUUCUCAUAACCUGAUGGGUAAUACUAUAAUACAGCAGAUAUUUUUUGUGAAUAAUAAAAGCUAAGUAACCAACCUCCAACACAUGGGUCAGCUGUGGUGGUGCAGUGGUUAGCAUUACUGCCUCACAGCAAGAGGUUUUCCAGUUCAAUUCUCAGCUGGGUU